UCGCGUCGCAUCGUGUCGUGUCGUGCGAUCCUCUGCUCUCAAACUGUGUUGUUUUGUCAUCGUCAGUGCACACAAGCGUUUCAUUACUUAUCAUUCUCGAUGCCUUAUGCCAUCUAGCUCUAGGACCAUCGACGCGACUCGAUGUAAUGCAAUGUAAUGAAUCGCGGGAUGCUACGCACCUGAUCCACGGCUAGUCAUUCAGAUGCGAAAGGUUUAAGGUCGUCUGACAGUGACAACGACGACACAACAUCGACGACACAGUUUAAUCCAGUGUCUGGUCAAGUCCAGUUUAGUCGGCGCGGUACAGCCGCACGGCACGGCUCACUCGCACCUCAAGGUCUCAAAAUCUCCUACUAAUCUCGACGUGAACGUCAACCUCAACCUCAACCUCAACCUCAACCUCAACCUCCAUCGAGUCAAGUCUGAAAUCUCAGUUCAUCUCCACACGCAUUCACGGUACGUUGAAGCGAGAGUGACUGCUUCGACAAGACUGAAAGCAUUGUUUACGAUCAAUGCUGGACAAACCAAAGUUCAACGCCGAAAACACGUUUAUCUAAUCCGGUUUCACGGUUGUUCGCGUCGAUAAACACAAACAGUAAUCCAUUGGUGUUAACCAGUAUCGUCAGCCUUCUCGGUUUGCGUUGCGUAAUGUAUAUGUAUAAUCGACGUGAUCACCAGAUGGAGACGAGAAAAUGAGAUCGACGAUACGUACGCUGCUAUCGCAUAACGGAAUCGAUAGACUGUGAUCGGAAAAGUGUCAUCGAACAAUUUUCCUUUGAUGCGUCGCGAGAACAACUGAUUCGUAUUCUGUGAUUGGAUAGAAAGUGUGAAAGCCAUUCAUCGUUUAUAGUUUAUCGUAUAAUGCCCGCUCAACUCAGCAAGUUCGUCCUGAACGCGUCCUGCAAGGACUAUUGUCACCCAUGGACAAACUCCUGUCUCACCGCGACGACCGGGCUCGGUUUGCACGCACUUCAAGAAAGCCUCAGGAUAUACUCCACCGUUUAUUUAGUCGCACUGUUAUUGAGGGGGAAAUUCCCAUCUAGGAAAGAUGUCAGGAAAACAUUCACAGAUACGCUACAAUCUGUAGCUUUUCUCUCGUGGAGCGCCUUUUCCUAUCCUAUGUUCAUUUGCUUCCUGAGAAGGCUGCUUAGAAACUUUAACUUUCUGACGGUAUCUUUUCUACCAUCGUUUUUAUCCAGUUUAACAGCUAUUUUCGUUGAAAGACCAUCCAGACGUACAUUGCUAUGUUUAUACGUAUCUAACAUUGCUACAGAAACAUUGUUUAGAAUGGGUCAAGCCAGAGGAUAUUAUUCUUCUAUUCCUAGGGGAGAUACAUAUAUUUUUUCUACCAGUGUGGCAUUAUUGCUUUAUUAUUUCCGUUCGAAAUCGAAUAAACACGAUUCGGUGUAUAAAAUAUUUAGAUUUGUUAUUGGAAAAUACGAAGGUAUUGAUUACAUUAAAAAAAACACCUUACAAUCUCCCACGUUAAAAUGUUCUACCGAUGAGUCUAAUAUGAGGAGUUCAAAGAAAAAGAAUAAAAAACCUAAAAAGUCACUCGAAAAGAAUAUAUUCCUAAAGUCUCUCGCAACAUACAAGAAGAUUAUCGAAAAUCUGAAAGAUCUAGGGAAACACGCGUCCUGUCCACAUUCUCAUAGUUGUCUUCGUUACACGCUGGUGGGUGGUAUGAAAUGCUUUAGUUAUGGUCUUAGUGUUCAAUUAGGACUCAAUUUGGUAUUACAAUUUCAAAAGAUACUUAAAAGACCACAGUCGAUCAAAUCUAUAAUGUUCAAGAGAAGCAACCUCAACUUGGCUGUGUUCUUAGGUGGUUUCUCAGGCCUUUAUAAGCUAUUGUCUUGUUCAUUGAGGAGACUUUUCCAGAAAGAUUCUUCCCAUUACGCGUUUCCAGCUGGAUUCAUAAGUGGUCUAGCAUUCAUGUCUUACGGUGGUAAUACCAUAGCAUUAUACUUUAUGUGGAAAGCAUUGCAGUUACUCUGGAAUGAUCUUGUGGAAAAGCAAAUAGUACCCGAGGUGAAAUGGUUUGUGAUUUUCCUGUACUGUUUUAGUACAGCGGUACUCUUCCAUGUAGCGAUCAUUGAACCACAAAAUUUGCGUCCAUCUUAUUGGAAGUUCUUAUGCAACAUAUCCGGAGAUAGAAUAGCAAACAUGUCUCGAAUACCAAUAGAUCAAUUUGGUUUAGAAACUAGUAAACAUUUAGAAAAGGUGCUUGUGAGAACCAAUACCAGCAAUAAAAGGGCUUAUAUAUUUUAAUAUUAUAUUUAUUUUCCAAGAAGAAUCUGUCAAGUCUUUAUUUUGAAUAUCUAUCAUAUACUAUAAUACUAUUUGGAACACGUACACUGAACAGGCCAAACACCAAAGGGAUGUACGAAUUUAAUUGGUUCAUAUUUGCAACAUUGCAAGUCUACUUAUUAUACGCCAAAUGAUCAUUUUAUAACACAAGGGUACUAUUGAUAUCAGGGUUCUGUAGUAUGUGAUAAGUCAGAAUUCUUAAACUACGAUAAAUCUCUAUGUUGUAAAUACAUGUAUAUUUUAUGACAACUUAAUAUAUAAUUUCUGUACACUUGUGUAAGUAGAGUAUACGCAAAAUGAAAAUUUUGUUUAAAUAUAGGUAUUUUGGAAUACUAAUGUGUAGUAUACAUAUUCUCUUGCGUUGUAAAUAUUUGUAAAAGCAUUUACAGGGUGAACUGUAAAAUAUGUUCGAUGUAUACAAUGUUGUAUAUUGCAGUUAAUAUGAAACUUUUAUAUUAAGACA